GAAUCACAUGAGCAGGGAUCUGUUUACAAACUGAGCCACAGACGAGAAGUGGAGACUGGGAGGGAGAGAGAGGAAGAGAGAGAGUGUGAGUGUGAGAAAGAGAAAACAGACAGAAAACCCAGGAGAAGAGGUGACACAUUGUGUGUUAGUGUGUUAUGUUCCUCCCUGUGUUCUUUGUUCAGACCAGGAAGGCACAGGGAUACAUGAGACGCUGCUUCACACAGGAACACUGAGGCUGCUUCACUGACUGCCUUGGCUGCCUUGUUUGGCUCUUGUGCUGCCGGGAAACCCAUCCAUGUUAUUCCCUUUGUCUCCUCUUAAUUAGCUACGGCAAGAUUUUCACAGCCAGAGAGGAGGACAGCAACGUGGAGACCUAACAGAAGAGGACAGAGGAAGGAGAAGAGAGGACGAGAGAACAAAGAGACAAUGUUUUGAAACGUAGACAAAACAUAAAAACAGAGACUGUGCUCAUCCAGAGGCUCACAGGUUCAUCUCCAAGACUGUUUUCUUUGUCUGUCAGUGGAGAUAACAAAAGAACAAUCCUUUCUCUGACACAUUUGGGAGUUUAGAAAUCAAUCCAUAGGGAUGUUGUUGUUGACAUGGUUUGGUGCUAAAUCAUCCCUGCAAACUGAGGUGUCACUGUUCAAAUAAGAAUCUGGGUAUGUGGGUGACGUCUUCCUAAAGAGUCUCCAACCAGGACUGCUCACUUCAGACCAUGUGGAUGUAACUGACUGCACAUCAACUCUGCCAACUUUCUGAACCCUGAAAGUUAUGACGGAUUGGUCAAAGUUGUUCUUUUGAGGAAACGAGACUUUGUGAUAUCAAGAGAGGUCACAACCCCCAAAGAUUUUGUGGAUUUCUUUUGCUGACCAAACAUCUGUACAUUUGAUGCAUCCGGUCCAAUGGUGUAACGGGUGUCUGUGUAACCUUGGAUUGCAGAAAGUCGGCCCAUACUGCAAAAUGUCGUCUGAAGAACUCUUCCACCUCCCGCUCAACGUCUACAUCAUCGUCCUGGGCAUCGGACUCUUCAUCCUCAUGCUCAGCCUCAUCUUCUGCUGCUACCUGUUCAGACUCAGGCGACAAGGUUCAAGAGAACAGUACGGAUACAACGAGGUCGUUUUAAAAGGAGCGGGGAAGAAGCUCAGUCUGCUGGGGCAAAUGUGUGCGGUGUGUUUAGAAGAGUUUCGCAGCAGGGACGAGCUCGGCGUGUGUCCGUGUUCUCACGCCUUCCACAAGAAGUGUCUGCUAAAGUGGUUAGAGAUCCGCAGUGUGUGUCCCAUGUGCAACAAGCCCAUAUGUCGCCUCCAGCCCGACCCCCCACAAGCACCUGAGCGGCCACAGAGUCUCCUGGAGGUCUGAGAGGGGGACACCUGUCCAGCACCUCCUCUGGCUCUCUCUGGACAUUUGACUCCUGCCACUAUGGAGCAUUGUGUUUCACUUUCCCGACAAAAGAUUGAAAUUUUAGUAAUGCAAACAUUUUACGAAGCAGAGCUGCUCUCUGAGGAGAUAUUGUAAAACUGACUGAGUUGAACCUGCAAACCGAGGACCUACUUUGCAAAGAUGGAGCAAAGAGCUGAUGGUGAUGACUCAUUUACAAUCCUGAUAGGCGUUCACAACAGAAGAUUCAUUUAAGUGAUCAAGCCUGCAAAAUUCUGCACAUAGCCAGAUGCUUAAAGGAAAACCUGGAUGCUAAUUUCACAUGUUUUCUGUUGUGCAGAGGUCAGAUAAAUUUGAAAUAGUCUGGCAGAUUGCCUCAUAUCACCCAAUCAAAGUCCAACCACUUGAGUCGCUUGUUUUUGUCACUGACGGACUUAAACGAUUAUUUUAGGUGACUG